UUGCAAUAAAAAACGCACAAAGAGGGCUGAUAAAUGAGAGCUUUCCUAGCUCCGCCUCGGCAGGUUUUAAUAUUUCGCGCUCGGCCCCUUUGUUCAACAGCGGCUCGCUUUCAACUGGUUAAGUGAGCCAGUAGAUCGACGUAGAACUGAGCUGCAACUAAUGGACACAUUUGCUCAGCCAAUUUAGCUUAGCCAGCCGAAUGAGGGCGUCAGAGACACUUUGUUUUCUGGGAAAAGUUAAGUUAAUCCACCAGGCCAGACCAUUAAUGAUUUUUUAAUUAUUUUUUGACAGAUUAAAUGAUUGAUAGACAGGGGCGGUCUCUGUGGCGGUCAGUUCGGACCGGCGCGUAAAGAACAAUAACAAAAAGCACACGAGUAAUAUUCAACUGUGCUCAUAAACAACAGCUACCCCCAAAGGAAUCACCUCCUUUAGAGGUCCUGCGGUCGGGAAACAGUUUAAUAACUUGCUAAGCAGCCGUGUCGUUCGCGACAAUGUUCGAGGGACAUCCGCGCUGAUUUCGCUUGAAUUUAACUGGAGUUUUUAGGAUUUUAGCCUGGACUAGCGAUGAAAAUUUCUACGCCGAUCGCUUGGUGGCUGAUGGUGUUCUUUCACGCGUGGCCGACUGUCACACUCGCACUUGAGAAAGCUCUUGUGGAAGUUGUGAUCUACGAACACUCGUCCGGAGGAGAUUACACGACACACACAUAUGAACUCGAGGGCACGUUUUCACACGCUGGAGCUGCUACAAGCGCUGAAGGCGAUAUACUUCAGAUUCACCCACUUGGGUUGUGCAAUACAUCAGAUGAUGGCGAUUUAUAUGAAUAUGGUUGGGUUGGUGUGGUCAAACUCAUGCCGCCAGAUGAUCUUAACAAACCUUGCUUUACUCUACUUGAAAAGGUCAAGAGAGCUUUACAACGAGGAGCAACAGCCAUAAUUUUUGACAUUACAGAGCAUCCAGAGGCAGCCAAAGAGUUGAAUGCUGCAGAGGACAAGGUUGAUCGACCUGUGGUGCUCAUUGAUGGAAAAGAUGCCAAGAAGUUAAUGAAUAUAGUGAAAAAUCAACGAGUACCCAGAGCAAGAAUUCAAUAUAGCGCUGCUGGAUACACACCUCAGAGAGCAUCAAAUGAAUACUUUGACAUGGUUAUUUUUAUGACAUUUUUCAUUUUGGUUUCCAUUGUAUGCUUCAUCUUACUGUUAAAGAUCAAAUGGAGACAAAAACAAAAAGAGUCCUCUCUAACGAGAAUGGCACUGCAUGCUUUAUCAAGAAUGGAAACUAGAAAAUAUCAUAGUGGUUCUUCAGAUUCGUUGAGCACAAGAGAAGAAAAUGGCAACACAAGUGACACUGAGAGCACACUAUCAGUACACUCAGAAGGACGUAACUCCAAGUGUGUCAUAUGUUUAGAAAAAUUUAAAGAAGGCCAGGACGUUAGAAUCGUUCCUUGCCGACAUGAGUUCCACAAAGAUUGUGUUGAUCCAUGGUUAUUAUCGAAUUAUACAUGCCCCUUGUGCAUGCUUAAUAUAGUAGAGAGGGAAGGGACAUCAAAUAAACCAAGAAGAGCACGUCAUUGGUUUGCAAGACGUUGCGGAAGAUGUCUUUCUAGCUCGGAUAGCAUACGUUCUUCUAUGACAAGUAUUGCACAAUACAUUCCCGAAACUGAAACACACAGCUCAACGCAAAAUCUCUCUUACUCCACCAAUAACGAGGAAAGUAAUAUUCCUUCAUCAACUGUAGUGAGCUUAUCUUCUUCGCAAGAACAUUUAAAUAGUGAUAAUAUUCCUUUACAAGAACUGAAAAUGAACUGUGAAAAUCACUCUUCGUCACUGUCUCUAAGAAGUUCGAGCUCGCAAGGUUAUAUGUCACCAUAUGAAGAGAGAAAAACUUAUACACAUCAAGUCGUGGUAGUGGCCCCAAUUACAGCCGACAUGUUAGAUGUGUCACAAGAAGACAUAGUUUGACGCACUACACGAAUGAUACCAGCGGUGAAAUGAGUACAAGGUUGGCUGUGCCUGAAACAGAAAAAAAGAAAAUUUAUUUGCGAAACGCUUAUUUGUAAAUAUACAGAGAGUACUCUUGGACUAUAAAUCUAUUUUCGGAGUUUUUUUUUUUUCCUGAUCGAGCUUAUUUAAUAGAUUGAACAUUGACAAAACCGAAUUGCUUGUAUGGAAAUAAAGAUAUACUUUGCCUUAAA